GACGCUGGUGCAAGCGCGGGGCGAGGGAGAGGCGCGCGCGGCAACUAACGGGCCGCCCCGGAGGCUCCUGGGAGAGCGAGCCCCCGGCGUGAGUGCGCAGGCGUAGACGGCUGAGCGGAGGCGGGGCGGUUCGAGACGUUGGGAGAGGCUGAGGACCGCAGUGGAUGCUCCGGAUCUGGAGGGCGACCGAGAGAUCGAAUCCAGAUGGGAAGACCGGGGAGGAAACCGAGAGGCCGAGCCAGGCCUGGACUCUUCCCAUUUCCAAAAGAGGAGCUCAGACAAGGAGGCUCGUCUCCCGCAAACCUCAACGCCAUGUCCAAGGAUGAACUGCCACACUGUGCCCUUACAGGGACCAGUGUCAUUCAAGGACGUGACCGUGGACUUCACCCAGGAGGAGUGGCAACGACUGGACCCUGCCCAGAAAGCCCUCUACAGGGAUGUGAUGCUAGAAAACUACUGUCAUUUCAUCUCUGUGGGAUUUCACAUAACAAAACCUGAUAUGAUCCGCAAGUUGGAACAAGGAGAGGAGCUGUGGACAGAGAGAAUCUUUCCAAGUCAGAGCUAUCUAGAGGAGGAAGUUUUGGUGAAGUUCAGUGACUACCAGGACAAGCCUCCUAAAUCGAUCGUAAUCAUCAAGCACAAGAAGCUAAUUAAGGAGAGAAGCAGCGUUUAUGGGGAAGCCCUAGGCAAGAACCGUGUUGUUUCCAAAACGCUAUUUGAGUAUAAAUCUGAUGGAAAAGUUCUGAAAAAUAUCUCAGAAUUCAUCAGUAGAGAUAUAAACCCUGCAAUGGGGAAGUUGGGUGGCAGUAAAGAAUGGGAGGGAUCAAUCCUGACUUCGAAGCAGGAGAAAACGCAUCCCGCCUCGAUCCUCCAUAAACAAAUCGGAAGGGCUCUGAGCUCUGAAUGGGACCUCGCUCAGCACCAGAAGACCCAGAUUCCAGAGCAGAGGUUUGAAUAUAAUAAAUGUGACAGCUCCUUCCUCAUGACAGGAGUGGAAUUUCCACAUGGCAGAGCUCACAGAGGAGGCGGGAACUUCAACUACAGUAAAGAUGACAUCACUCUUUUUGAAAAGUCAGACCUUGGUAUUCAUCCACAUGAUCUUAUGGAGAAGAAAUGUUCUUCAUACAACAAAUAUGGGGAGCUCCUUUGCAGAAAGUCAGUGUUUGUUAUGCACCCCAGCUCUCAGAUGGACGAGAGGCCCUUCCAGUGUCCUUACUGUGGGAACAGCUUUAGAAGGAAGUCCUACCUUAUCGAGCACGAGCGGAUCCACACAGGGGAGAAGCCCUACAUUUGCUGUCAGUGCGGGAGAGCCUUCCGUCAGAAGACGGCUCUGACACUCCAUGAAAAAACACAUACAGAGGGGAAACCCUAUCUCUGUGUGGACUGUGGGAAGUCCUUCCGCCAGAAGGCAACCCUCACCAGGCACCACAAGGCGCACACAGGGGAGAAAGCCUACGAAUGCACUCAGUGUGGAAGCGCCUUUGGAAAAAAGUCAUACCUGAUCGACCAUCAGAGAACUCACACAGGGGAGAAACCCUAUCAGUGCACAGAGUGUGGGAAGGCGUUUAUCCAGAAGACAACACUCACGGUGCACCAGAGGACUCAUACAGGGGAGAAGCCCUACAUCUGCAGCGAGUGUGGGAAGUCCUUCUGCCAGAAGACAACCCUGACCCUCCAUCAGCGGAUCCACACUGGGGAGAAGCCCUACAUCUGCAGUGACUGCGGGAAGUCCUUCCGCCAGAAGGCAAUCCUCACUGUGCACUACAGAAUACAUACAGGAGAAAAGUCCAAUGGCUGUCCCCAGUGUGGGAAAGCCUUCAGUAGGAAAUCGAACCUCAUUCGCCACCAGAAAAUUCACACAGGAGAAAAACCCUAUGAAUGUCAAGAGUGUGGAAAAUUCUUUAGCUGUAAAUCGAACCUCAUUACCCACCAGAAAACUCACAAGACAGAAACCAUGAGAUUUCAGUGAGUGGUGUGCUUUUUAUUUAUUUAUUUAUAUUUUUGAGGCAGGGUCCCAUUAUGUAGACUUGGCUGGCCCAGAACUUGGUGCAUAGACCAGGCUGGCCUCAAACUCAUAGAGAUCCGCCUGCCUCUGCCUCCCAAGUGCUGGGAUUAAAGGUCUAUGCCACCACAACUGGCAGAUUUGGGGUUUUCUGGGUUUUGGUUUUUUGAUACUGAGUGCUUUCAGCUUCUAUCCGUUUACUGCUUGGUAACCUAUCACACAGAGGUACUGCAUAAACUAAAUGACAAAAAAUAAUUUGAAAAUGAAGGCUUCAUGUUUUAAUCACUAGAUUCAGUAGACUACACUGACCUCUGAUAAAAUGCUAUAAAUGUUCAACUUUGCUUUUCAAUCUCAGUACGUACAUUCCUUUCUGAAUCAGUAAUAGACCAUUGACCAAAUGCAGCUUGCCCAUGUGGAAUAAAAGUUAGUUGUUGCCCCCUCAAAUUUAACCGCAGCUCUGACUUGUAAAAAUAUAAGCUAGGUUUUACACAUUAUAAACCUUUAUAUGAAAUUGGAUUGUUACUAUAUGUUCUUUCAUAGCACAGCUUGUUCUGCUCAUUGUCUCUGGAACAGUCAUGAGUGCAUGGGUAGAAGUUUGUUUAUUUUUAUUCUCCAUAGACUCCCAUCACAUAUAUCUCUUACCGUUCUGCUGGGGGUGAGCUUUUACACUGUUUACUGCUUACUAUGCACUUUUCUGUGUAUAUUCAAGGAGUGGAAUCACUGAGUCCUGGGGCAUAUGUAUAUUCAGUCAGCUUUGGUAGAUAGUACCAUGUAAUUUAAAACUUCCAUGGCAUGAGAUAAUUUUAUUCAGAAAAGAAACAGCUACAAAUAUUCCCAAUAUGCUAGUGGUUCAAAUGAUAGAAUUCUGGAAUGGAUCAAGAGAUAGCUCAGCAGUUAAAGGGAACUUGAUGCCCUUGCAGAGGACUUGGGUUUAGUUCCCAGCACCCACUUGGUGGCUCACAACUGGCUGUAAUGGUAGUUCCAGGGGAUCCAGUGCUGCCCUCUGGCCUCUGCAAGAACCAGGCAUUCAUGAGGUUGUACAUACAAGCAGGCAAAACAGUCAUUGACAGACCCCCCCACAGUAAUUGAGUUAGAAGGGAACUUGGGCAGUAUUAUUGGGGAAACGGGAUCAAGAGUAGAAUGUAUAAGCAGAGGCGUUUAGCUGCAGCCAGAUCUUAAUAUCAUAAUGUGACAGACUUGGGGUUGCCUUCAACCACAGUUAAGACCUUAUUCGAAAAGUAUUAGAGAAACAGCAUUCAACAUUUCCUUUGCUCAACACUGGAAAACCUGUAAGACUGUUGAAAUUAGAAGUGGGUGGAAAAAACACAGUUUUACCCAAGGCCUAUAGAUCCUACUACUCACACUCAAAUGAUGGAGUGUGUAUGUGUGUGUGUGUGUGUGUGUGUGUGUGUGUGUGUGUGUGUGUGUUUGAGUUUGUGUGGUGAGUUUGUGUGGGGUGUGUGUAGGAGUGUGCCUGUAUGUAGAUGUCUGAGUAUGAGUGGGUGUGGUGUGUAUCCAGAGAACAAACCUCAGUUCUCAGAAGCAGUCCAUCUUGUUUUAUAAAGAAGGGUUUCUCCUGAUUGAAGUUCAGCAAGUGCCUCGGCUGCCUGGCCUGUGAACCCUAUAUAUCUCCUGUCUCCACCUCCCUACCACUAGGGAUACCAGCUUGCGACAUCACACCUGGGUUCUCUUAUGGCUUCUGGGAGGGAACUAAGGUCUUACACCUACCUGCAUGGCAAGCACUUUACCAGCUGAACUAUCUGCCCAGCCCCCAUAUAUCCCAACUUUGUAUAAAGUGAAACGAGAUACUAAAGACAUGCGAUGGUUAAUACAGAGGGAACCAGUCUAUUGUGGAGUCCCAUGAACCAAUGAGAAGACAGAUGAAAUGAUAGGAUCCCGUGGCAGGGACACAAACACUUUGUUUUGCUUUUGAAUUUUAUUGAGGAUAGUCUAAGUGGACUUUGAUGCUUUUGUAACUGUUAACAUGUAAGCCGCUGCUUGGGAGAGUUGAUGCGCUUUUUUAAAUUUCAGCGUGAGACGAUGCUGUGGUUUGAAUCUGAAAUGUACUGCCAAAGGUGCAACAUAUCUAGUGUAUGAGGUUUACUGGGAGAGAGCAAAAGGCCCCCUGAGAGUGGGGAUAUGAGAGUCAGAGAUGACAGAACGAUCAAGACAGAGAUGGAGGGAGACAGAGCCAUCGGUGGCACCUGGUGCGCCUGUGGGUGGUGAGUGAUGACAUAAGCUGUUGCUAGGUCCCGGAGGACAGUGUACUUUGUUUCCGGAUCUUCUCCCUGCUGUCUUUGCACUCCCUUUCCACUGUGUGAUGAGCAGCUCAAGGGUCUGAGAGGUCUGCCCGGAGGCGGUGCGGCGACACCUGAACCUGUCAGCCAAAGUCCAUUCCUCCUCCAGAGUGUUUCUUUGUGCAAGUUCUUAUUAAAAUUAGAUGUGUCUAAAUGAUUAAAAAUAUCUCAGAGUGUACCCGGCUGUGUGCCAUAGCCUGGUCUGUUCUCUGCCAGGGUGUUUCCUAUGAAGUUGAGAGAGGCUAUUUAUUUUUGCAUUGAUUUUUAGAGAUUUUCACCUUAGAUAAAUAAGUAAAAGGAGUUUUGAACUUGGAUUAAUUGCUCUGCUGUGUUGUUUGGACAACUGUGAGGAAUGAGGAUGGUUCUAGAACCCAUGCCGACUUACCCUACAGUCUUUGCAGAUUCAUGUUUUAUACACCUAGCUGAGAGUGUCUGUAUGUUAUAGGACAAUGAGCAGGGAAUGAGAUGGCCAAGAUUUUAUUUUACUUUAUUUUAUUUUUUUAUUUUUAUUUUUUUGUUUUUUCGAGACAGGGUUUCUCAGUGUAGCCCUGGCUGUCCUGGAACUCACUUUGUAGACCAGGCUGGCCUCGGUAUCACCAGACUGAGAUUUUUAUACGUUUUUGGCUUUCGUGCUGUAUGUUUGGAUACAUACAUUGUGCUUGAGUAUGUAUAACUACUGAUCAGUGAUGGCUCCCAGGAGCAGGAGGGGAAGGCAGGGCUGCAGGGGGGAUGAUGGCCAGUGCUCACACAUGAAGGCAUGUAGCUUGUGUCGAUGCCUAGGCUGGACACUGGCCAGCCUACGGGACUUUGGCUCAUUUUUCUUUCAGUCCUUUAGUUCCUCCCUCCAACGUGCUUGUUUCAAACAGGGUGUCAUAUAGCCCAGGAUGGCUUCCAUCUUGUCAUAUAGCCCAGGAUGGCUUCCAUCUUGUCAUAUAGCCCAGGAUGGCUUCCAACUCACUAUGUCAUAUAGUUCAGGGUGUACUUGAACUCCUAAUCCUCCUGCUGUCUCUCCCAAGUCUUGUGAUUACAGAUGUGUCACUAUACUCACCUUAUAAGGUCAUUCAGCCUUUGUAAGGAUAUGCUUCGUGUGGCUCCCCAUAGACUCCUGUGUUUGAAUGCUUGGCCAUAGGGAGUGGCACUACAAGAGGCCUUGUUGGAGGAAGUGUGUCACUGUGGAGGCACCUUUGAGGUCCCUUAUGCUCAAGCUAUGCCUGUUGUAGGACACAGUCUCCUGCUGCCUGCAGAUUGAGAUAUAGUACUCUCAGCUCCAUCUCCAGCACCAUGUCUGCCUGGAUGCUGUCAUGCUUUCCACCAUGACAAUAAUGGACUAAAGUGCUGAACCUGUAAGCCAGCCCCAAUCCAAUGUUUUUCUUUGUAAGAGUCAUGGUGUCUCUUUACAACAAUAAAACCCUAAGGCACUAUCAUUUCAAAAGACUCAUAAUCUCCCACAGAACAUACCUUUAUCAUACUUUGCUUAAAAGCAAGGAGUGUGAGAUGGGGGAGGGGAGCAUAGCAUCCAGAUGCAGGCUGCCUGCUCUUCCUAGCACCGAGUACCAUCCCACAGCCUUCUGCCUCUAGUCUGAAUGCGGCUGCGGCUGUGUGAAGUUUGGCUUUGUGAGUGCUCAAAGCGAAAGCUCUCUGCAAGGAUCCAAUCCCACAGUCAAGCCAGGCUAGCUGGUGGUGAUACAUUAAAAUGCACCAAGAAGCAAACUGGUUUGGGGUGGGGGUGGGGCUUCCAGCCUGAAGACAAGAGAUCUUUGCAGCCCCACUAUACGUUAUAUAUACUAUAUACUAUACUAUACGUUGACUCCCUCUUUGAUUAUGGGUUUCCUGGUGAUAUGUGUGAACAAACGUGCCUUGUUACUCUCUGUGUUUCCAUCUGUUAAAUGAACAUUUGCAUCUGAAGCGUGAACCUCUCUUGUGAGAUGUUUUUCCUUACAAUUUGAAGUAGCCAGGCUUCCAGUGUCACACUUCACACGAAGUAAGAAACAGCCAAUAUUACUGGCCUCAGCUUUUGGGACAGGGAAAGGGAGGCGGAGCUAAGGGUUGGAGAGACAGAGAGCAUCUGGGGGGCAGGAGAGGAAGGCCGAGAUGGAGGAGGACAGACAGGAGGAAGAACCUGACCCAGUGUGGUUCUUUAGAUAGCCACAGGUCAUUAUGAUAUCAUAGGGUUAGAAUAAUUGGGAUGAAGCUUUUAUCAUUAUCAGUUGGUUCUGAAAUUAUUGUAUUGGCAUCUUGUAAAUUGAGAAUUUACUGAUACAUAAAUCUGAUUGGUUAAUUAUAAGCUUCUAGAGUUUUGUUUGUACCAGGUAAAUAGGUGUUGUGGUGGCUGACCGUGGGGUAGACGGUCAUUGCAUGGGGCUGGCAUGGCAGUGAUCUGCCAAGGGACUUGCGAGCUCCUGCCCAGAGAGACCACCUAGUUGAGAUCACCCAGCUAGAGCCAUGUGAUCCACCAGUAGCCGGCAGUAGCUCAAGGGAAGCGUGUUGGUCUUUUUUUUUUUAAUAUUUCCUGCAACAAGCUUUUCUCUCCAACAUCUACCUCUGGGAUGUUCAACCAUUUGAAAUAGUUAACCAUUUGUAAUCUUGUACUUUUCCAACCCCCUGGUGUGUGAACAAUAGAAGAUGCUGGCUGGCUAUGGCACAGGUCCUCCGUAUUGCUAAACGAACUGCCAAGUGGCUAAGCCACCCUGGAAAACAAGUUGUUAAUCUCUUAAAAAGUUAAAACAAAACAGACUGUCUUGGGCAUUGUAGAGACAUGGCAGGUUCUAGACAAGCAAGGAACAAAACUCCUUUGACCUCCUCACAGCCUAGGAAAGCUGAUGCAUUCAGAGUGAAACAAAUAGACCUGGAGAGGUGGCUCAGUGGUUAAGAGUACUGACUGCUCUUCCAGAUGGUCCUGAGUUCAAUUCCCAGCACCCACAUGGUGGCUCACAACCAUCUGUGAUGGGAUCUGAUGCCCUCUUCUGGUGUGUCUGAAGACAGUCACAGUGUACUCAUAUAAAUAAAAUAAAUCUUCCUUUUAAAAGUGAAAACAGAAGCCAGGGAGGCAGAGGCAGGCGGAUCUAGAGUUCAAGGCCAGCCUGGUCUACUGAGUGAGUGACCAGGGCUAUACAGAGAAACCCUGUCUCAAAAAACAAAACAAAACAAAAACAAAAAAACCCUCAAAUGUAAAAAAAAAAAAAAAGUUCAAUGGAAAAAACAAUAAAUCAAAAGAUAAAACAUAUACUUCCCAUGUGACCCUGAAAUUUCACUUGUGUUUUCUCUACUCUGAAUAAAUGAAAACAUCUUCACAGAGGAAAAUGCUAAUGGACAAUGUCACAGACAGUUACUCAGAGCUUGAAAGGAGCCAAGUGGUCUUCAGUGGGUAAAUGUGCAUAUUGUGUCAUGAGCAAAAUGGGCUGGUAUAGCAUCGAGACUGUUGGGGUACUCAUGUUCAACUGUGUUGAUAAAUUUCAAAUGAAUUAGGCUAGAAGCUGAACCUGCCUAAAAGGUUACACGUUAUGUAAUUCCACUUAUAUGACAUUCUGAAAAUGGCAAAGCCUUAACCGAGGGUUGGUGGGGGUUCACAGAGUGUUUGGCUCUGGGAGGAUCUUGGGAUGAAAGCAAGGCAUGAGGGUGUCCUUUGAGAUGUUGGGGUGGUUUCAUAUUCUCAUUGUGGUCAGAUACAAAAAUGUAUACGUGUAUAAAGAUACAAAAAUGUAUACGUGUAUAAAAUUACAGAUAGAUACACAAAAAUAAAUUGCAUUGUUUGUAAGUUUU